AUAAUAGCCUAGGUGUAUUAUAUUUGCAUUGACAUUAGAUUUCGCAUGCCAAAUACCACAAACUGAAUGUUGACCUGAUUUAUUGGGUAGUUUGAAUUUGCCAAGUAAAGGAGCUCUAAAAGUUGGUCUGCAUUACUAAUAAAGGAUCUUUAAAGUUUGGUUUAGUUAAAAUUUGCACCAACAGCAAAACAGCAUACAAAAGAACAUUUGAAGGAAUUCUUAAACUUGGUUUGAAAUGGAAGAAGAACAAUUAUUUGGGGAGGAUAGUUCCAAUGAUGAUGAUGGUUCGGAUCAUGAAGAAAAUCCCGCAACGGAAGAGGGAUUGUUUGGAGGGUCCUCCCCCGAAGAGGAGGAUGCGGGGUCAGAUGAGGAGCAAAACGUUGCAGGGUCAGAUGAGGAGCAAAAUGUUGCAGGGUCGGAGGGAGAGGAUCAGGGAUCAGAUGAAGAGGUGCAGGAGUCAGGAGAGGAGGAAGGAGGAACUCAGGAGGAGAAUGAGGAAUCGGGGAAUGAAGAGCAGAGUGGGGAAUCUGGAAGUGAACAAAAUGAGGCUGGAGGAGCUUCAAGUGAUGAGGAACAAAAUGAGGGAGAAGGCACCCCUCAACCCCAACAGUCAGGUAGUGACAGCGAAGAUAACGAGGAAACAAACACAGCAACACAUGAAGUGGAAGCCGCAUCAAGUGAUGAAUCAAAUCCACCUGAAGAUCAAGAAAAAGUGAGCAACUUAUUUGGAGAUGCUGAUGAUAUUUCAUCUUCCGAUGAAGAGAAGCAAGAAACAGUUGAAGCCAUGGAAGAAGAAGAGGAAGAAGAAGAAGUUGUUCAUCGAAGAUCAAGGAUUACUGAUGAUGAGGAUGAGGUGGAGGAACAACAGGAGCAAGAGAAGGAAUCAAUGGAGACACGAAUUGAAGUGGAAAUCCCGAAAAUAAUGACGGACCUUGGAUCGGCGAUUCAUUUCGUGAGGUUUCCCAACUUCAUUAGCGUGGAGGCCCGACCGUUUGAUCCAGCUGUAUACGAAGAUGAGAUUGAGGAAGAUGAGUUGUUGGAUGAGGAAGGAAGGACAAGGCUCAAGUUAAAGGUUGAAAACACGAUGCGUUGGAGGAAAUACGUUGAUGAGAACGGGAUCGAACUUCUUGAAUCGAACUCACGAUUGGUGAGGUGGUCGGACGGUAGUUUGUCACUUCAUCUUGGGUCGGAGAUAUUCGAUGUCCACCAGAUGUCGCUACAGGGCGACCACAACCAUUUAUUCAUCCGACAAGGAACCGGUCUACAAGGACAAGCCGUAUUUAAAACAAAACUAACGUUCCGACCGCACAGUACCAAGUCAGCAACUCAUAAACGAAUGACAAGUAGGUUAGCCAUGAGGCAUAACCAGAACCAACAGAAGGUCCGGGUCCUCCCAAUCGCUGGUCAAGAUCCGGAGUCUAGAAAAGCUGCGUUGUUGAAGGAAGAGGAAGAUCAACUGAAGGCUCAUAUGCGGAGGGAAGCACAGAAGAGGAGGAUGAGAGAGAAGUCUCAUAUGAGAGGGCUCUCAUCAGGAUAUCUGGAGGAAAGAUACGACGACCACACAACUAACGAUGACGAUGAAGAAAGUGUAUCGGCUCUCAAGAAUCGAUUCAAAUCUGGCCAUCCUUUCUCACACCGCGACAAGAUAUAUUCAUCGGAUUCGGACACCGAGGUCGGGCGAAGAUUGAUGAACGCUAAAGAUUUAAGUUCAGAUGACGAUGAUGACUUCAUAGAGAAAGGAGCCAAAAGACGAAAGCAAGAAGAUGGGGAGGGGAGGAAGAAGAAAUAUAUUGUUAGCGAUGAAGAGGAAAGUGAAGAUGAAGUUGGAGAUCAACAUGGGGAGGAUGUGGAAGUUGGGGAGUGAUGGGAAGAUGGCUUAGGAUCAAUGUUGGGAAAUGACAGUGAGUUUAUAAACACACGGAGUGCGUUUGCUGAGUAAGCAAUGAUUGAGUUGUUUAGUUACGUCAAUCGAUGGUUAUAACUUAUAUGACUGGUUAAGUACUGUUGUGCUACCAAAAAAGGGUCGAAAAAGCAAUUUUCCUAGUAAUAAUGAAACAAACAGUUUUAUCCGCUACAAUGUGAUAACUUAUCAAUGUAGAUUAAGUUGUUUUGUUUGUCUAUCGUUGGUUAUAUUCUAUAGCCUCAUGCUAUCAAGGCAUACCUUAUGAGCAUGGGGUGUAGGAAAUAGUUUUCCAAUUAUAUUUACUACGUAUUGGUCGAACAGUGAAUGCUGUUGCAAUGUAAAGUUGUACCUUCUUAUUACUUCAAUCGUUGCGUUAGUUAUAGAAUGGUUUUCUACUGUUAUUUGAUUAACACGGGAGUCAAAAAGACGGUUUUACUAAUGGUGCAGAACCUGAGCUGUCUGACAGUACAAGUGAUAUUCCUUUAGAAAAAUGUUUCUUGUUACAAAAUUUGUUUGGAACAGAUAUGUUUGGAAUUUUCUCCAUUAUUUUUUCUGUUCAAUUUUUUAAAACUUUUUUUUAGAAACUGUUUCUCAUUUUUGCAUCAAAUUUUGUUAAAAUAUCAAUAUAGAUAUCAAGAAAUGUUUCA